GUGACCGCGCGCCAUGACGUCACCGCGCUCCGUGCGUGAGGGGGCGUGGCCGCGGCGCUCCAAGAUGGCGGCGGCGCUGGGGGCUCUGAGGGCGCUGAGGGCUCCGGGCGCUCUGAGGGCUCCGGGCGCUCUGAGGGCUCCGGGCGCUCUCUCCGCUCUCUCCGCUCUCUCCGCUCUGCUCGCGCUGCUGCCGCUCCCCGGGGCCGCCGCGGCCGCGCAGGUGCCGCUGCUCGUGUGGAGCACGGAGCGGUCCCUCUGGCCCCCCCAGCUGCCCCCCGGGGGUCGGGUCCUGUCCCAGCAGGAGCUGCAGGAGCUGCUGGAGCCGGGGCUGCGCCGGGGCCCGCGCACGGUGCUGCUGUUCCUGCAGGACCAGCUCUCUCUGGAGGAUUUCACGGCCUUCGGGGGCGUUUUUGGGAACGAGCCCGACGGAGCCUUCCCGAGGCUGCAGAGUGCCCUGAGCUCUGCAGGCUCCUCCCUGACCCUCCCGUCCGUGGCCGGAGCCGCCGCGGCCGCGCUGCCCCUGACCCUGCAGAGGGCCCUGGGCGCCCCUCCCCCCCUGCGGCUGCCCGGGGGGGCCCUGGGGGGGCUGAGGCUGAACCGGACGGAGCCCGAGGGGGGCGGGGAGCCCCUGGUGCUGCUGGUGGGGCUGCCCCACAGCAGGGGGUGA